ACUAUAGCAACGCACUAAGGCCAAUUAGGGUGCGAGUAUUUCAGCUUCUAGUCCUUUUAAUGAUAAGAUUCCAUCCUCCCUUGCCUGGUUACCGCGCAUGACAGUUUGCCAAUAUGACACACCAUGUCAGUUCUCCGCCUUGAAGAAAACACUGGCCUUUGUAAAAAGAUAAACUUCAGCGCUUCAAGUAAGCAUUUGAAUCAAGCGGCCUCUUAACGGACGAGCUAUCUAAACGCCCCCUUUACCCCUGAAGAUGGCAUCUUUGGACAGCUGUGAGAUGGACGGCGAUGCGGACUUCUACGGCAUCGGGAUCCGGCUCGGCCUCUAUGCCCAAUCGUUAACGACGCUACUCGUAACACUGUUCGUGCAGGAAGAAGAAGCCGUAAACAGAAUCCUCAACUUACUCCUGCAGCUAGCGAUCUUCGCCGGCACGCUCCUCUCCACAAACGCAGGGACUAUCCAUGCCUUCGAGGUCAUCAUCGUCUUCUGGCUGCUCGUAGGCGCGCUCUCCAGCCUGACGGGGAGCGGCGUGACCGGUACCCAUUCCUUCUCGGGCAUCUGCCGGCUCCUAUUCUACAUCGCUCUGUCGGCAUACGGGUGCUGGUUCUUCUUCGAGGGCCAAGACGCUAUGCAGGACACUCCAUGCGUCCAGAUCGUAUUCUUCGGCGAGUCGAGCUUAAACGGCUGGUUCCGAACUUUCGGAAAAGCAGCCUCGAUUAUCAGUCUUACUAUUUGCGUUGGAUUACUCGCGUGGGCUGGGACUACUUAUGCCAAGCGAGGAGGUGGGGAAAAGCCGCGACGUGUUUCCUAUCGACCUCAGACUGAGAUUACGCUCAUGCUUCUCUCGAUCGCUACGGUUAUCUUGUCUAUCACGUCAGCCGAAUACGUCAUAACAGCGAAUCAUCUCAGUGGCGUAGAUGAUAUAUUCGACGUUGGACAGGUUCUGGCAUUUCUCGUGGGGGUUUUCCAGUUGCUGAACGUCCUGGUCCCUAUUUUUCUUAAAGGUCAUUUAUGGGCCCCUCGAUGUUGGCUUCUAUUUGGGAGACAUCUAACCUAAGUAAUAGCAUACCUUGUAUUAUGAUUCUAAUAGAUUAUUUCUAUGGGAUGGUUACUCAUACCUACGCAUAUUCUAUGUUAGGCAG